AUGACUGGCUCAAUAGCAGAUGCAAGGGCGUCCGUGUCGCGCGCAAGAGGAGAGGCUGCAGAGUUCAGGUACAAGUACGGAUAUGAGAUGCCAUGCGAUGUUCUGGCGAAGAGAUUGGCGAACAUCAAUCAGGUGUACACACAGAGGGCGUAUAUGCGACCAUUAGGAGUUGCAACUACUCUCAUCUCCCUCGACUCGGAGCUCGGACCCCAGCUGUACAAAUGCGAUCCAGCAGGAUACUAUGUCGGCUACAAAGCAACUGCUUCGGGGCCCAAGGCGCAAGAAGCACUGAACUAUCUGGAGAAGAAGCUCAAGAACAAGGACAACGCGGAAGGCGAUUGGGAGGAGGUGGUCGAGCUGGGCAUUGCGACGCUCAGUACUGUGCUCAGCGUGGAUUUCAAGAAGGGCGAAUUAGAGAUCGGUAUUGUUGGUGGACCCAAGGCGGACGGCAAGGAGGGGACGGACACCAGCUUCCGAUCGCUGACCGAGGAGGAGAUCGAUGCGCGACUGCAGGCCAUUGCUGAGAAGGAUUGA